AUGGACAAGUCUCUCGACGAUAUCAUUGCUUCCAAGCCCAAGAACGCCCGUCGUGGGUCCAGCCGUCGCAACACUUCUGCUCGUACACAAGUCCUGGGGAAGCCUGCUACCUCACCAGCCCAACGCGCACGCGCUACUGCUCCCGCCGUUGACCCUAAGGCCGCCACUCAGGGCACAGCAGAGAAAAUCAUUGUUUCGAACCUUCCAGGGGACGUGAAUGAGGCUCAGAUCAAGGAAUUGUUCAACCAAACCGUCGGUCCUUUGCGGGAUAUCACCCUUCACUACGAUGCCGCUGGCCGCUCCAAGGGCAUCGCUACCGUCACCUUCCAGAAGAAGGGUGACGGAACCAAGGCCUAUCAACAGUACAACAAUCGCCUUAUCGAUGGCAAACGCCCGAUGAAGAUCGAAAUCGUGGUCGACCCCGCAAAACCUGUUCCCUUGUCCUCGCGUGUUGCCCCGGCACCCGCUGCUGCUGCCACUCAACCCGCAAGGGCUGGUGCUCGAGGUGGAGGAAGACCUCGUAAAGGUAGGGGCGGUGCUCGCAAGAGCGAGCGGCCUCCGAAGACCGCCGCCGACCUUGAUGCUGAGAUGGAGGACUACACUGCUGCCAACGCUCCUGCCACUACUACUGCCUAA